UGACUCUCAAGAGACACAACAAAUCAUCAGAUCUGAAAAAUAAGGAUCUUCUAGGGAGCCCAGUGGAGGGCCACAAAGACAGUUAGUGUACUGGAGCACUUCCUGUAUGAAGAACCCUGGGACUGUUCAGCCUGGAGAAGAGAAGGUUGAGGAGGGAAUCUCAUCACUGUUUGUAAAUAUCCAAAGUGGGGGAGUGAAGUGGGUGGACCAAGACACUGAAACAGUGGUGUGCAGCAAUAGAACAAGGGAUAAUGGGCAAAAACUGGAAUGGAAUAAGUUCCAUUCAAACAAGGAAGAAGUUUUUUCUUUACCAUCAGAAUUACGGAGCACUGGAACAGGUUGCCCAGAGACACUGGGGAGUCUCCUUCUCUGGAGAUAGUCAAGACCUGUCCAGAUGCCUUCCUGUGAGAUCUAAUGUACAGGACCUGAUUUAGCAGUGGACUGGACUAGAUGAUCUCUAUAGGUCCUUUCCAACCCCUACAAUUCUACGAUUCUGUUACUCAGACACGUGAAUUCCUCUUACUGAUACAUUUAAGACUAACUCAAGCGCUGUUUCUCCAUGUGACUUUAUCAAUUUAUAGAUUUUUCCGUUAACUUACUUCACUCUCACUGCAAGAAAUAUAACCAACUUUUCCAGAGUUUGCAUUAUUUUUUCCCUUGUAUAUUUUCCUUGCUCAUUCAAGCGUAACUACUUUAAAAGUUCUCUUCCAUUAACGUGAAGGCCUUCACUUCAGACAAUAUUUUUGGCGCCCAACGUGGGGCGAUACAGCAGAAGAAGUCUUUACAAAAGGAGAGCGAAUGAUCCAAAUUCUUCUGAGUGCUGGUUUUGCUAUUAAGCGAAGCAAAGUGAAAGGACCUGCCCAGGAGAUUCAGUUCCUAGGUAUAAAGUGGCAAGAUGGCCGUCGUCACAUCCCAACAGACGUGAUCGACAAAAUCACUGCUAUGUCUCCACCCACUAGCAAAAGAGAGACACAAUCUUUUCUGGGUGCAGUGGGCUUUUGGAGAAUGCAUGUUCCAAACUACAGCCUCAUUGUAAGCCCCCUUUAUUAUGUGACGCGAAUGAGAAAUGAGUUUACAUGGGGCCCUGAGCAGCAGCAGGCUUUUGAACAGAUUAAACAGGAGAUAGCCCGUGCCGUGGCCCUAGGACCAGUACGAACGGGACAGGGUAUAAAGAACAUCCUCUACACUGCUGCUGGAGAGAACGGUCCCACUUGGAGUUUGUGGCAAAGAGCCUCAGGAGAGACCAGAGGCCGACCCCUGGGAUUCUGGAGUCGGGCAUACAGAGGGUCUGAAGAGCGCUACACUCCAACUGAGAAGGAGAUCUUAGCUGCUUAUGAAGGGGUUCGGGCUGCUUCUGAAGUAGUCGGUACUGAAACACAGCUCCUUCUGGCACCUCGACUGCCAGUGCUGAACUGGAUGUUUAAAGGAAAGGUUCCCUCCACCCAUCAUGCUACUGAUGCCACGUGGAGUAAGUGGAUUGCACUGAUUACACAACGAGCACGGAUGGGGAACCUCAGCCGUCCAGGAAUCCUAGAAGUCAUCAUGGACUGGCCUGAAGGUAAAAAGUUUGGAACACCACCAGCAGAAGAAGUAUCACGUGCUAAAGAAGCCCCACCAUACAAUGAACUACCAGAGAAUGAAAAGAAAUAUGCCCUGUUCACAGAUGGAUCGUGUCGUAUUGUGGGAAAGCAUCGCAGAUGGAAAUCUGCUGUGUGGAGCCCCACACGACAAGUUGCAGAGGCCACUGAAGGGAAAGGAGAAUCAAGCCAAUUUGCAGAGGUAAAGGCUGUCCAACUGGCCUUAGAUGUCGCUGAACGGGAGAGGUGGCCAAUGCUCUAUCUUUACACUGACUCAUGGAUGGUAGCAAAUGCCUUAUGGGGGUGGUUACAGCAGUGGGAGCAAAAUAACUGGCAAAGAAGGGGUAAACCUAUUUGGGCUGCUGAACUGUGGAAAGACAUUGCUGCCCGAACAAAGACUAUGGUUGUAAAGGUGCGCCAUGUAGAUGCUCAUGUGCCCAAGAGUCGGGCUACUGAAGAACAGCAAAAUAACCAUCAGGUAGACCGAGCUGCCAGAAUUGAGGUGGCUCAAAUAGACCUGGACUGGCAGAACAAGGGUGAAUUAUUUCUGGCUCGGUGGGCCCAUGAGACCUCAGGUCAUCAAGGGAGAGAUGCAACAUACAAAUGGGCUAGAGACCGAGGGGUGGACUUAACUAUGGAUGCCAUUGCACAGGUUAUUCAUAACUGUGAAACAUGUGCCAUCAUCAAACAAGCCAAGAGGAUGAAACCUCUGUGGGAAGAAGGGCGAUGGCAAAAAUACAAAUAUGGGGAGGCAUGGCAGGUUGAUUAUAUCACCUUGCCACGAUCUCACAAUGGUAAGCAUUAUGUGCUUACUAUGGUGGAGGCAACAACCGGGUGGCUUGAAACAUAUGCAGUACCCCAUGCUACCGCCCGAAACACCAUACUGGGUCUCGAGAAACAAGUCCUGUGGCGACAUGGCACCCCAGAAAGGAUUGAAUCAGAUAAUGGGACUCAUUUCAAAAAUUCUCUUGUAAAUACUUGGGCCAAAGAUCACGGCAUCGAGUGGAUUUACCAUAUUCCCUAUCAUGCACCAGCCUCUGGUAAAAUUGAACGAUACAAUGGAUUGUUAAAAACGAUGCUAAAAGCACUGGGUGGAGGAACAUUUAAGCACUGGGAGAAGCAUUUGGCAGAAGCCACCUGGUUGGUCAAUACCAGAGGAUCUAUUAAUCGUGAUGGUCCUAACCAAUCCAGUUCCCUACAUACUGUAGAGGGAGAUAAAGUCCCUGUUGUACAUGUAAAGAACAUGUUAGGAAAGUCAGUUUGGGUUCUUCCAGCUUCUGGAAAGGGCAAACCUCUCCGUGGUACAGUUUUUGCCCAGGGACCAGGAUCCACUUGGUGGGUAAUGCAGAAGAAUGGGGAUGUCCAGUGUGUACCACAAGGAAACUUGAUGCCGGGGGAGUGCAGUUACUAAUUCUAUGUAUAUGUAUAUAGCCAUGUGUGCAUUUUUAAUCAUUUUUUGUUUGUUUGUAUAUAUGUAUAUAUAUUUUAAGCAUGAUGUAACGAUGUAGAAUAAGGGGUGGAAUGUCAUGGUUCUAUGUUUUUGUUUUUAUUUUUGUUUUUGUGUUUCAGUAUUCCACAUCAAAACAUCAUGUAGUGUACGGGGCAUUAAAGUGUCACUGCCCCAAUUCCAAGUACCUAUCCCUGUACAUUACAGAAGUCACGGGAUCUGUCCCUUCCGGGUGGGGGGGGGCGCUCUCUUGCUGCCUUGCAGUGGGUGCUGGAGGGUGCUUUCCUAGCCGUUCCAAGCUUUUCAGGUUUGAAUCGGUCCCGGGAACUCUCUCUCUCUCAUCUUGUCUGAUUUAUUAAUCUCAAUUGCAAUUAAAUUGUAUCUAUUAUCUUGUAUUCCAAUAUUAUAGUAAAAUAAGUUUUCCUCCAUA